AAGCCUUGGGCCCUUGGAUUUUUGAAGACCUCGAGAAUUGUUCAUCUCGUGCCUGGUCUAGAUUCCUCGCAGUAUUCCUCGCUCUGCACUUCUCCCUCACCCAUCACAGGAACACGCCAUCACCAUCACAGCGGAUUCACGCUGCCAGGCUGGGCCCUCUUCCCAUUUACGUGUUUUGAAAGCCUCUCGCCGCCUCUCGCCGCCUCUCGCCGCCAUGAGCGCGAUAUCAGGCGGAGCCGCUGGUCUGAGCAUCGCAACUCCUGCCGGCAGAGGCCGCAAGCGAGGGGCGUCGGCGACGUCGCGAGCUGCUGCUGCGACUAGUGAUGCGGUCGGGGUAGAAAGCGUGGGCGGCCGAUCGGGCAAACGAAAGGAUGCUGGCGCGGCUGGCGGCGAGGCGGCGGGUGACGACGACGAGGACGUGUUGAGCAAGCCGCUGUCGUCUCGCCUCGCCGCUUCAGGUGCUGCUGUGGCGGCAGGGGUGAGUCAAGGCGGCCACACGUCGGCAGGUGCGGGCGAUCGAGGCGGGCCAGACGGGCGUGGGCCUGGCGCGAGGGCCGCAGAUGGCGUGGCUGCAACGGGCGCUCACCAACGGACGUUGUCAGCAAGCCUCGGAUGGGUGGGCACGAGCACGGCGGGCGCCGCGCAGGCCAUGAAGUCGGCUCUCAGGUCGUCGCUCUUGUCGCUCGCCACCUCCAGGGGUCCUGCGUCGGCCCUCCCGGCUGGCGAUGCGGCAGCGGGCCAGCGCGCGUUGUCGGGGCGCUCAGCUGGGGGCGGGGCGUCAGCGGGUGCGGCGGCAGUGCAGAAGCUGAGCGCGGUGCUGCGGCACCCCGCGCUGCCGGUGGUGCUGCCCAUGGUGCUGGCCGUGCUCCUCAGCGCCUACUUCCUGCGCCUUGUCCCCCGCGGCGGGGGCACCCAUGCUGCGGCGGGCAACGUGGGCUGGAUGUGGUGGGGGGCGAACCGCGCUGAGCGCAUGGCGGCGGCGGCGUCUGCUGCGGCGAGGGCGCAGCAGGCGGCGGUGGAGCGGCUGCAGGAGGUGGUGGUGCGGCUAGAGAAGCGCACCGAGUCCAUGGCGCAGGCGCUGCAGGUGCAGGCGGACACGCUGGACGAGAAGCUGGGCGCGGUGAGCAAGGAGCAGCAGGUGCGCGCGCAGCACGCCACGGCGCUGGAGGCGAGGCUGGCGGAGCUGGGCGUGAAGGUGCAGCAGACAGACGGCGCCGUGCUGCAGAUACUGGCCAACGGGGGGCCCAUGGUGCGCCACGAAGUCAUGCAGCUCGUGCAGCAGGUGGCGGAGGCGAGGGCGCAGGAGAUGGAGGGGCGAGUGCUGACGUUGGACGACGUGCGGGCGGCGGCCAAGAGGGUGGUGGAGGAGCAGCUGCAGCGCCGCCUCACGGACGACAUAGAACGCGCCGACUAUGCGCUUGCCACGGGGGGGGGGCGCGUCGUCGCGCACUCAGAUGCCCUCUACACGCGGCAGCAGCAGCAGCAACAGCAGCAGAAGCGGCGGUGGAGCCAAGUGGUGAACACAGUGUCUCGCCUCGCAUCCUCAGGUGCUGCUGGCAGUGGCGCUGCCUCUGGUGGCAAGGAGAGCGAGGCAGCAUGGCUGCACCCCAACGCACAGGUGGUGCUCACCCCUGGGCGGUACCCUGGCAACUGCCUGCCUCUCAAGGGGCAGCAGGGCCACAUUGACGUGCGCCUGCGCUCCACCAUUGUGCCGCUCGCCUUCACCCUCGAGCACCUCCCCAAGAGCAUUGCAUACGAGAUUCACAGCGCACCCAAGGAGGUGGAGUUCUGGGGCAGGCCGGCUGGCAGCACCACCACCACUGCCGGAGGUGGUGGCAGAGGGGCAAGUGGUGGGGGGGAGGGCGAGGCGGCAGGGUUGGGCAGUGGGGGAGGAGCAGUGGAGGAGGGUGAGUGGCAGCGGCUGGCAGCAGCAAGGUACGAGCUGGAGGGGGGGCCAGUGCAGACGUUCAGUGUGGGCGAGGCGAUGGUGGCGGCAGUGGCAGGCAGUGGCAUUGGCAUAGUGCGCAUGCGCGUGCUGUCCAACUACGGGCACCCCAACUUCACCUGCAUUUACCGCAUCAGAGCUCAUGGGGACGCGCUGGCAGGGGGAGGCUGAAAGGGGGGGGAGUGCAUGAAGGGAGGACGGUAAGGCAGGGUGUGGGGGAGGGGGAGGCAGGAAGUGGAGGGAGGUGCUCCCUUGGCACUCAUCAGUUGUCAUGGCUUGCUUUGGAUGUGUUGAUUGU